UAUCUCAAACCCAAACACUCCAACUUUCUCUCUCUCUCUCUCUCUUUCUGUUUCAGUCUUUAAAACUUUCACUCUCUCUCUCAGAGUCUUAGCUUUUAUUCUACAAUGGCUCGCUUUAGCUUUGUGGCUUUGGUUGUAAUGGCAGUACUUGUGGGCUCCACUUUAGCCCAGUCUCCUUCACAAUCUCCAUCAAAUUCGCCAACACAAGCGCCCGCUCCUAAAGCUUCAGCGCCGUCGCCUACAGUUAGAAAGACUCCAGUGCCUGCGCCGUCUCCGGCAGUGGUGAACUCUCCACCAUCUCCUCCUCCGGCUUCUUCUGAUGCUCCGGUGAGUCCUCCAUCUUCGAUUAGUACUCCACCUGCUGAAGCUCCUGGACCGGCGGCUCAGAGCGGUGCCGUUUUGAACAGAGUUGGGUUCGCUGCUGGAUCUGUGGCUGUAGCACUAUUCGCUGCCGUUUUGGUGUUUUAGAAAUUACAAAGUGUUCGUUCUAUUGUAUUUAAUUAUUCAUUAUUCAUUCAUUCAUUCACAGUGGAUUUGGUCGUAUUAUAUGUGAUGUUUUUUAUCAUGGUAUUUACCAUACCCAUUAGUAUAAUUUCUUCUUUAUUCUGCAA